AUGAGUGUCAGUAAGUUUUUUGCAAAGUCUACUAGUGCCAUUAGCAAUAGUGGUGCUUCAUCAGCAGCUGCUGUUGGGAGAUUGGCUUUUCAAGAUCCUGCUAAACCUCAAGUCGAAAAGAAGCUGAGAAAACUUGAGAGAUACAAAACCUUGACUGGAAGCGAGCUGCAGCAUAAAGUUGAAGACAUUUCCACCACUGAGGAACUGCUAAAUGAGUUUAGCCAUAUGGUCGAUCGUACGAUUAUUUACAGAGAUGGUGCCUCUCAAGCAGGCACAGCCUUUCAGAUUGCUAAUAUUCAUAUUCAAAUCAUGGUCCGUGAUUCUAUUGCUAGCCUUGGGACUCAAGUAGCUGUCACUCGUUCUAUGGCUGAGUUCAUGGGGACAAACUAUAACAAGAAGCACGUUGUUCUGAAGCUUAACGAUGUCGUGCUUGUGUGGGGAGAAGAGGACUUGGUGAUUCCACUGCGAGUAGACGAGUAUGAAGCACUUCUUGGCUUACUUCCUGUUGUUGAAACGAUUGAGUAUUUCUUUUACUGCACCAGUGUCUCGGAAGACAAUCCAAUAUUCGGAGGGGUAGCCAAAGUGAUCUCAAAAUACAACAAAGGUUAUUACUACUGCUCACCUAAACGCAACUCUCAGAAGUUUGUGUGUGAUGUGUUGGAAGCUCUGGGGAUUUCGGCAAAGACUUGCUCUUCACCUCCAAUAAGUGACCGUAUGCUGCAGUUGAAAGAGAAGAAAUCUGACAAUAUUCCCGACAGUUUCGCUCGUCACGAGGACGUGGAUGUUUUCAUAAAUAGUAAAAGCAAAAGCUGGCUUGCCCACCUUCAAACUGACAGCUUAGAGUAUCUGCAACUUGUGUACAAGCAGUUCCAUGGUGAAAAGACUGUAUGCCCUGUACCAAACUGUCGCUUGUUUGUACUGUCCGAAUUGUUACAGCAACAAUCAGUGUUAUCAUCAUAAGACCAGUAUAUAGCUUGUUAUUUUUGUAUGCUUAUACUAAAAACGUGUUAUAUAUAUAUAUCAGUUAUUUGACCUUA